AUGGAGUACGAAGGGGGCAACAACGGUCCACCACCCCCUCCUCCCAAUUAUGCUGAGCUUCUACGACAGUUGGAGGAGUUGCGUCAACAGGUCAACCGUGGACCACCUGUGCCUGUGCAGAAUCAAUAUGUAUACCAAGGCCAGGCGAAUCCCACUGUCCACAGCAACAUCGCGGCUAAUACUUUUGAGCUGAAAAGAGGACUAAUCCAAAUGGCGGAGAACAUUGCUUUCAGGGGCAAAUCCACUGACGACCCUAACAAGCAUAUCACCAAGUUCAUCCAGAUUUGCAACACAACAAAGAUGAAUGGAGUGACAGAUGAGCAGGUUCGACUAAGGCUGUUUCCUUUCUCUUUAGAGGAUUCAGCAAAGGAUUGGUUGGAGAGUUUGGAGCCCGGAUCGAUAAGAACAUGGGAUGCUAUGGUGGAAAAAAUUUUGGAGAAAUUCUACCCCCCUAGUGAAGCUAUAAAGAGACAACAAGAGAUCAUUGCCUUUCAGAUGACUCCUACAGAGAAUAUCAGAGACGCAUGGGGGAGGUUUAAAUCUUUGAUGAAACGGUGUCCCAACCAUGGGUUAACCCCGACAAUCCAAGUUAUUACAUUUUUCAAGGGAUGUGUGCCUGAAGCACAAAAGGAGUUGAACUUGAGCUCAGGCGGUAAUUUUCUCAAGAAAGGGGUAAAUGAAGCCAUGGAAGUAAUAGAGGAACUUGCAUCUAAUGACGAAGGAUGGAGCAAUGAAAGGAGUAAGAUGCAUAGGGUAGCGUCUACUACAGAUCAUGAUCCUAUGAGCGCCCUAUCUGUCAAGCUGGAUGCGCUGACUAUGAAGUUUGACUGCAUGGGUGGAGGAUAUAAUCAGUUCGGGAACAGGGGGCAUCCCAAUCUCUCUUAUGGGAACCCCAAUAAUGCUCUGCAACCACCCCCGGGGUUCAUGGUUACGAAUGGAGUGGUCGAUGAUCCGAAGAAGAUGACCACGGAAGACAUACUUAAGUCUUUCAUGCUACAGUCCAACAAGCUCAUGGAACAGAACAACCAAAGAAUGGAGAAGGUUGAGACAGAUGUGCAGAGUAUGGCCACUCAUUUGAAGAACAUCGACACACACAUCAGCGAGAUUUCCCAGACUGUGAGUACUAUUACUCAACCGGGAAAGUUCCCUUCGAACACCAUUAUAAAUCCCAAAGAUUGCAAAGCGGUGCAGUUGAGGAGUGGAAAAAGUUAUGAUGGACCUGCAAUGCCAUCAGAGGAUAGAGUAACAGAAAAGGGACCUGAGGAGGAGGAGUUAGUCGAGGAAGUUGAGACCGAGAUACCUGUGCAGAGGAAGAAGACAGACGCACAGUUCUCGAGAUUCUUGGAUAUAUUUAGGAAGGUGCAGAUAAACAUCCCAUUGGUGGAGGCACUACAGCAAAUGCCGAGCUAUGCCAAGUUUCUGAAGGAUGUGGUUUCCAACAAGAGGAGAUGGAUGGAGUAUGAGACGAUGGCUGAUAGAACGGUGUCAUAUCCGAAGGGGAUCGUUGAAGACAUACUUGUCAAGGUCGGGGAAUUUAUUUUUCCAGCCGACUUUGUAGUACUUGAUAUGGAGGAAUAUAGACACGUCCCACUUCUCUUAGGCAAGCCCUUCUUAGCCACAGGGAGAGCACUGAUUGAUGUGCUCUCCGACUGA